AUGGCGAGCGAUUUGGAAACGAGCAAAUGUUUGCAAAAUUUGCAAAUAUGCGAUAUUAACAAUUAUGAAAAUGAGCCGACGUUAACAAAUGUUUCGACGGAAUUCGAUUUUAAUCCAGCUUUAUCGCCGCAACCGCGAUUUUCAUGCGGAACAGAUAAGAAAAAGCUUUCGGAAAAGGAGCAAAGCACACCGGUUGAUGAGCAAAAAUCCGACGAGAAGAAAAAAUCGCCGGCGGCUCCCCCAGCGAAGCCCAAAGAAAAAGAAGAUGAUUUGGUCACGGCGCGUGACACUUCAAAUAAGGAGAAACCCGAUGAGAAGGAUAUUCGCAAAAUUAACGCAGUAACUAAUUGA